AUGUCGCUAGCGGACGUGGAGGAGAAAGAAGGCACAGAUGUAGGCAAGUGCUUCGGGAAAUGUGCGGAGAGAGGUGACGGUGGCCUCAAGCCGUAUAGAACGGUGGCAGCUCAGACCCGGCGAUCACAUCUACGCCUGGUUUUUAAAAAAAAUCAUUCCCUACUCUCAUCAUGCGUACAUACAGGAAUCUACGAAAGCAACGACAAGGUGAUCCACUUCACCAACGAUGCGCAGUCUGCCUCCUCUGGCUUUUCAGCGUCGUCGUCGUCCUCCUCCUCCUCCUCCUCCUCUUUUCCCUUCUGCUCGAAGUGCCGCAAAGCUAUGCGUGAAGGCGGUGUUGUCGCCUGCUGCCUUGACUGCUUCCUAGAAGGAAAUAAUCUUCACCUCUUUGCCUACUCGGUGCCUGAGUGGUUCUGGACACAGAGCAAUAUUGGUGUUCAAGACACCUGCUCCAUGUUACCUGAAGAGCACCCCGAGAAGGUCUUGUACGUCGCCAACGACCUACUUGACCACGGCGACUUCGGCACUUAUGACCUUGCGCUCAAUAACUGCUUCGACUUUGCCUUUUACUGCAAGACAGGACGCCGUUAUCGUUUAUCAGUAGAUGCGCUUGUUGACCGCUCGAUGUCUCCGCCGCGAGACGUGCGCGACCCAAGGGGAUGUAUGAUCGUGAUGUCUCCGCCGCGAGACGUGCGCCCCCCGAGGGCAUGUACAAUCAUGUAG